AUGCUCUUUCUUCCUGGUGGCACUUGCCCUAGUUUUCAUAUCCAUGGAAGCUAUCAAUGCGCAAGGUAAAGGCAAAGGCAACAGCAAGAAGGCACCGUAUGAUGUUGCUUCAACACAUUAUGAUGUUUUGGCACCGAGCAGUAGUGGACGAGAAAGAGUUUAUUGCCAAGCAAGAGGAGCUUGUAAUGGAAAGGUACUCACAUGUCCCACCCAAUGCCCUCAAAGGAAGCCCGAAAAGAAUAAGAAGGUCAAAGGAUGCUUCUUUGAUUGCAGCAGCAAAUGUGAUGUCACCUGCAAAUGGAGAAAGCCGAACUGUAAUGGAUACGGGUCGCUGUGUUAUGAUCCGAGGUUUGUUGGCGGUGAUGGAGUUAUGUUCUACUUCCAUGGAGCCAAGGGAGGAAACUUCGUCAUUGUAUCAGAUAAUAAUCUCCAAAUCAAUGCGCAUUUUAUCGGAACACGACCGGAAGGACGGACACGAGACUACACCUGGGUGCAAGCCCUGGCGGUGAUGUUCGACACUCACACUCUAGUCCUAGCAGCAAAGAGAGUCUCUAAAUGGGAUGACGGCUUCGAUGCUCUCACCAUAAAAUUCGACGGCGAAGCCGUAAACAUCCCCACGGAAGGAGACGUCGAAUGGAGGACUGAUUGCGAGGAAAGAGAAGUGAUAGUAGAAAGAACCGAUGAAACCAACGGCGUUAAAGUCACGGUUGCAGGGCUGGUGGAAUUGAACGUAAAAGUUAGAGCCAUCGGAGAACAUGAAAACAAGGUUCACAAUUACCAGUUGCCGGCUGAUGAUGCGUUUGCACAUUUGGAGACACAGUUCAAGUUCACCCAAGUAAGCCCUCUCGUGGAAGGAGUAUUGGGAAAGACUUACCUGCCGGACUACGUUAGCCCCGUGAAACGAGGUGUGCCGAUGCCAAUGAUGGACGGGGAAGACAUACGUGACGCCGUCGCUGUAUUCGCCUCUCUGCCAAGCUUGCAGGUUUAA